CCAGAACUUCGGAAAAAAUAUACGGGUUGCUUUGCAAAACAGUGGAGAACUCUGCUGCAAUAAAGGCCGCUCUUGUUGAAUCAAGUUUAUAUACCAAUGAACCAAAAUUUGAUCCAUAUCUUGCACAAGUGUUAACAGCAGAGAUGCUUGGCAAAGGACUGCUGGGAGAUUGUAAGCCAAUACUUACUCUCCUAAAAUAUGAGGGCAAGAUCAGAAGCUUCGCAGGCUCCAACUUUUCCAGACAUUCUUCACAUGUGAUGAAAGACAACUGUCCGCGAUAUGUACGUGUCAACACCUUAAAGACAUCCCUAAGUAACGUACAAUACCAGCUGGACAACAAUGGAUGGAGCCUUCAAGAAUAUGAUCCUACACAAGUUACAUACUCUGAUUUUCUAAAAUUUAUCCAAGCUAGUUGUUUGCCAGUGUUAGUGAGUGGCAUAAAGCCAGGAAGUAACGUGAUUGAUGCAUGUGCUGCCCCAGGCAACAAGACUUCUUACAUUGCAGCAGCAAUCAAUAACACUGGGCAUGUUGUAGCAAUAGAGAAAGACUUAGAGCGUUACCAGACGCUGCAGAGGCUUGUGGUGGAGCGUAGAGCGACAUGUGUUACUACCCUCAACCAAGAUUUCACCAGACUUCCCCUUGACAAGUACUCACAGGUGGAAUUCAUAUUUGUUGAUCCUUCAUGCUCAUCUAGUGGUGUGAACCUGCACAACGAUGAAGUACCUGAGGAGCGCAUCAGAAGCCUUGCGUGUUUUCAGGCUCACCUCUUGCGACAUGCUCUGUCAUUUCCAUCAGUGCAGGAGGUCAUUUACUCCACCUGUUCAGUUUAUGUACAGGAGAAUGAAGAGGUUGUUCAAAAUGCCCUAAAGGAAUUCCAAGAUCAGUUUGAAUUAGAAGAUCUUAGUGAAAAACUCUCUGGCUGGAAACACUUUGGAAAUGAGAGUUUUGUGUUUGGGAGGAGGUGUUUGAGGACCAGAACUGAUGUAGAUAAAUGUCAUGGAUUCUUUGUAGCUAAAUUUGUAAGAAUCAGUAAAAUUUGCAAUAGAUUAACUUCAGUGAAUAAGAUAGAUAAAAAAAGAAAGCAACAAAAAAGCUUUAAAAACUUAGAAAUUGUGUCUGGGAAUAGUAAGAAUUUAGAAAGUAAGUUGAGUGAAGUUGUCACUUGUGCAAAAAAGAAACAAAAAGUUAAGAGAUAAGAAAAUGGAUGAAGUAUAUAUUACAGUGCCUGCAAAAAUAAUCUAGACCCCCCCCCCUUUUUUUUCCAACAAACCGGCCGUAUCCCACCGAGGCAGGGUGGCCCAAAAACAAAAACAAAAGUUUCUCUUUUUAAAUUUAGUAAUCUAUACAGGAGAAGGGGUUCCUAGCCCCUUGCUACUGGCAUUUUAGUCGCCUAUUACAACAUGCAUGGCUUACGGAGUAAGAAUUCUGUUUCACUUCCCCAUGGAGAUAAGAGGAAAUAAACAAGAACAAGAACUAGAAAGAAAAUAGAAGAAAACCCAGAGGGGUGUGUAUAUAUAUGCUUGUACAUGUAUGUGUAGUGUGACCUAAGUGUAAGAAGUAGUAGCAAGAUGUACCUGAAAUCUUGCAUGUUUAUGAGACAGAAAAAAGACACCAGCAAUCCUACCAUCAUGUAAAACAAUUACAGGCUUUCGUUUUACACUCACUUGGCAGGACGGUAGUACCUCCCUGGGCGGUUGCUGUCUACCAACCUACUACCUAGGGGACCACCCCCUUUAUCAUUAUGAAGAUGUUUAAAAUACAACAAUUUAAACAUUAUAGAACAAAAACUGUAAUACUUGACAUUUACAUAAGUAUUUUGUCAUUUCCCCCUUAUUCUUGAUGACCAUUUGAAGCUGUUUGGGCAUGCUUUCACUCAGAUUCCUGAAGUUACUAAAUGGAGAGUUAGAGGUAUUGGAAAGAUGGAGGGAAUAAUUUGAGGAACAGUUAACCCCUUUAGGGUCCAAAGGCCAAAUUUCAAAGUGCACACCCGUGUCCAAGAAUUUUCAAAAAAUUAUUUUGUUAUUUUUUCUUAUGAAAUGGUAGAGAAUCUUUUUCUGAAGGUAAUAAAACAAAAAGUAUGAAAUUUGAUGGAAAAUUGAUGAAAUUAUGCUCUUGCGAAUUUUGACGUGUCAGUGAUAUUUACACCGGCGAUUUUGCCGACUUUGACUCCCAUUUUAGGCCAAUUACUUUAUUCCAGUCUACCAAAUUCUUAGCUAUUUCACUAGUAUUACUUCUGUUCUAUCGAUUGAGCACAAGAAAUCACCAGCUUAGUGCAAAGUUCAAAAUAUUCCAAUUUCAAAAUAGGGCCCAGAAUAAACAAUGCAGGCAUUCCUGGUACUACACUAACAUUGCCUCUGUUCAUUAGUUAUGUUUUUCAGGCUUUACAAAUGAAUUCCAUUUUCAUUUUUAAUUCACAUAAUGAAUUUUUAUUCAAACCAAAAAAUGGAAGAUUUACACUCAUGCAAUAUUGUAAUAAUUGUAUAAAUAAUAUCAGCUCAUUUGUGAACGUAUAUUAGACCCACCAGCUAGCAUAUAUUAGACGUGUGAGGUCAUUUGUUUACUCUUGAACAUUGGCAAAAAUUUAACAUUUCUGCUACUUAGAGCUCAGUUUGAAGUCAUUUUCAGUACUAAAACCAAUCAAAAUCAUCUCUAUUUCUGUAAUAUAUCUUCCAUUCUAUCAAAUGAGACCAAGAAAUUGCAAAUACAACUAUAUAAAACAUAUGAAAAAACACUGCAAAGUUGCUGUUUUAAUCGAAAAUUACAGUCUCAGUUUUUUUUCCAUUCAUUAUGCACUGUGUGCUGCAGGAUUUGUUUCAUGUGGUGCACACAUACCACAUAGAUGUAUUCUCUCAUAUCUAGGCCCAAAUUUACCGCUCACAGCUUAUUAAGAGUGAGCUGAGCUCAUGACGUAGAUCUGCGGUUUGGACCCUCAACAUAAAGCCGUAGAUCUGUGGCACGGACCCUCAAAGGAAUAAAUGUUGAUGAAGAUAGGGAAGCUGUGAUUUUGUGUAUUGGGCAAGGAGGAAUAACAUCUUGUAGGAGUGAGGAAGAACCAGUUAUGAGUGUGGGGGAAGUGCAUGAGGCAGUGGGUACAAUGAAAGGGGGUAAACCAGCUGAUUUUAAUGGGAUGGAGAUAGAAAUGUUAAAAGCAGGUGGGGAUAUAGUUUUGGAGUGGUUAGUAUUUUUAUUUAAUAAAUGUAUGGAAGAGGGUAAGGUACCUAAUCGUUGGAAGAGUACAUGCAUAGUUCUUUUGUAUGAAGGCAAAGGGGACAAAAGAGAGUGUAAAAAUUAUAGGGGAAUAAGUCUUCCAGCAAGCGUACGUGAGCUUGUUAGAUAGGAGUGAAUGGACACAAAUGGUAUUUGGGACCCGACGAUCUGUUGGAGUGUGAGCAGGGUAAUAUUUAGUGAAGGGAUUCAGGGAAACCGGUUAUUUUAUAUAACCGGACUGGAGUCCUGGAAAUGGGAAGUACAAUGCCUGCACUCUAAAGGAGGGGUUUGGGAUAUUGGCAGUUUGGAGAGAUAUAUUGUGUAUUUUUAUACGUAUAUACUUCUAAGCUGUUGUAUUCUGGGCACCUCUGCAAAAACAGUGAUUAUGUGUGAGUGAGGUGAAAGUGUUGAAUGAUGAUGAAAGUAUUUUCUUUUUUGGGAUUUUCUUUCUCUCGGUGGGAGACGGCCGACUUGUUGAAAAAAAAAAAAAGUCUGUUAAUUAUACCUGGUAAAGUGUUUGGUAGAGUUAUUAUUGAAAGAAUUAAGAUGGAGAGCAGGAUAGCAUUUGAACAAAAGGCUUUAGGAAGGGUAAGGGGUGUGUAGACCAGGUGUUUACAGUGAAACAUACAGGUGAACAGUAUUUAGACAAGGGUAAAGAGGUUUUUGUGGCAUUUAUGGAUUUGGAAAAGGCAUAUGAUAGGGUGGAUGGGGGGGCACUGUGGCAGAUGUUGCAAAUGUAAGGAAUAGGAGGUAGGUUAUUGAAAGCAGUGAAGAGUUUUUAUGAGGAUAGUGAGGUUCAGGUAUCUAGGAGAGAGGGAGAUUAUUUCCCAGUAAAAGUAGGGCUUAGACAGGGAUGUGUGAUGUCACCAUGGUUAUUCAAUAUAUUUGUAGAUGGAGUUGUAAGAGAAGUGAAUGAUCAGGUGUUGGCAAGAGGUGUGGGGUUUAAAGAUAAAGAAUCUAACACAAAGUGGGAGUUGUCACAGUUGCUUUUUGCUGAUGACACUGUGCUUUUGGGAGACUGAAGAGAAGUUGCAGAGGUUGGUGGAUGAGUUGGGUAGGGUAUGUAAAAGAAGAAAAUUGAAAGUGAAUAUAGGAAAGAGAAAGGUGAUGAGGAUAAAACAAAUUAGGUAAUGAAAGAUUGGAUAUCAGGUUGGAGGGAGAGAGUAUGGAGGAGGUUAAUAUUUUUUUUAUUAACACACUGGCCGAUUCCCACCAAGGCAGGGUGGCUCGAAAAAGAAAAACUUUCACCAGCAUUCACUCCAUCACUGUCUUGCCAGAAGGGUGCUUUACACCACAGUUUUUAAACUGCAACAUUAACACCCCUCCUUCAGAGUGCAGGCACUGUACUUCCCAUCUCCAGGACUCAAGUCCGGCCUGCCGGUUUCCCUGAAUCCCUUCAUAAAUGUUACUUUGCUCACACUCCAACAGCAUGUCAAGUAUUAAAAACCAUUUGUCUCCAUUCACUCCUAUCAAACACGCUCAUGCAUGCUUGCUGGAAGUCCAAGCCCCUCGCACACAAAACCUCCUUUACCCUCUCCCUCCAACCUUUCCUUGGCCGACCCCUACCCCGCCUUCCUUCCACUACAGACUGAUACACUCUUGAAGUCAUUCUGUUUCGCUCCAUUCUCUCUACAUGUCCGAACCACCUCAACAACCCUUCCUCAGCCCUCUGGACAACAGUUUUGGUAAUCCCGCACCUCCUCCUAACUUCCAAACUACGAAUUCUCUGCAUUAUAUUCACACCACACAUUGCCCUCAGACAUGACAUCUCCACUGCCUCCAGCCUUCUCCUCGCUGCAACAUUCAUCACCCAUGCUUCACACCCAUAUAAGAGCAUUGGUAAAACUAUACUCUCAUACAUUCCCCUCUUUGCCUCCAAGGACAAAGUUCUUUGUCUCCACAGACUCCUAGAUGCGCUGCUAACCCUUUUCGCCUCAUCAAUUCUUUGAUUCACCUCAUCUUUCAUAGACCCAUCCACUGACACGUCCACUCCCAAAUAUCUGAAUACAUUCACCUCCUCCAUACUCUCUCCCUCCAAUCUGACAUCCAAUCUUUCAUCACCUAAUCUUAUUGUUAUCCUCAUAACCUUCUGUUUCCUGUAUUCACUUUUAAUUUUCUUCUUUUGCAUACCCUACCAAAUUCAUCCACCAACCUCUGCAACGUCCCUUCAGAAUCUCCCAAGAGCACAGUGUCAACUCCCACUUUAUGUGUGAUUCUUUAUCUAUUUAACCCCACGCCUCUUGCCAAGACCCUCGCAUUUACUUCUCUUACAACCCCAUCUAUAAAUAAACAACCACGGUGACAUCACACAUCCUUGUCUAAGGCCUACUUUUACUGGGAAAUAAUCUCCCUCUUUCCUACAUACACUAACUUGAGCCUCACUAUCCUCGUAAAAACUCUUCACUGCUUUCAGUAACCUACCUCCUACACCAUACACCAUACGAGGAGGUUAAUGUAUUCAGAUAAUUAGGAGUGGACAUGUUAGCAGAUGGGUCUGUGAAAGAUGAGGUGAAUCAUAGAAUUGAUGAGGGAAGAAAGGUGAGUGGUGCACUGAGAAGCCUGUGGAGACAAAGAACUUGAUCUGUGGAAGAAGAGAGGGGAAUAUAUGAGAGUAUAGUUAUGCCAACAUUCUUAUAUGGGUGUGAAGCAUGUGUGGUGGAUGUUGCAACAAGGAGAAGGCUGGAGGCAGUGGAGAUGUCAUGUCUGAGGGCAAUGUGUGAUGUGAAUAUAAUGUAGAGAAUCCGUAGUUUGGAGAUUAGGAGGAGGUGUGGGAUUACCAAAAUUAUUAUCCAGAGGGCUGAGGAAGGGUUAUUGAGGUGGUUUGGACAUGUAGAGAGGAUGUAACUAAAUAGAAUGACUUCGAGAAUGUAUAAAUCUGUAGUGAAGGGAGGGUUGGGUAGGGGUCGGCCUAGGAAAGGUUGGAGGGAAGGGAUAAAGGAGGUUUUGUGUGUGAGGGGCUUGGACUUUCAGCAAACAUGCGUGAGCAAAUGGAGACAAAUGGUUUUAAGGACUUGACAUGCUGUUGGAAUGUGAGCAAGGUAACAUUUAUGAAGGGAUUCAAGGAAACUGGCAGACCAGACUUCAGUCUUGGAUAUGGAAAGUACAGUGCCUACACUCUGGAGGAGGGAUGUUAAUGUUGUAGUUUUAUAACUGUAGUGUCAACACGCCUCUGGCAAGACAGUGAUGGAGUGAAUGAUGAUGAAAGUUUUUCUUUUUCGGGUCAACCUGCCUUGGUGGGAAACAGUCAAUGUGUUAAUAAAUAAAAAAAAAAAUGGUUGACCCAAAUGUCCUUGAUCUGCUGCUGCAGGCAAGACAUGGAUGAAAUGUGGCAGGAUUCCAUCUUCUUUUUCAUGAUAUUCCAGGCAUUCUCAACACAGUUCAGGUCUGUACUAUUCCCUGGCCACUGUAAAACCUCAAUAUUUUGUCUCAACAAACCACUGGGUUACUUUUUUAGGACUUGUGAUUUGCUGAACCUGCCUCCAUUAUAAACAGUACAAAACUGUCCAAAUUCAUAUUGCAUACAUCAUCUGAAUGUUUUCCGGAGGUAUCUGUUAACUCUCUGAGUUACACAAGAGACUUGGGUAUGUAUCACCUCUCAGUGUGCCUGCAUACAUCUACUCCAAGAGCCCAGGAUUUGGAGCUGUAUUUAGUGCCAUGUAAUUUUUGUGCCAAGUAGAUAAAUAUGAGUAGUUCAAAGAUGAUUAGUGAGGAACAAGCCCAUGCAGUAUAGUGGCUUGGAGAUAAGAAAAGAGUCACCAUAAAGGAAAUUUGUCGCUGUACUGGAUGAGCAAAGUCCAGCAUAAUGGCGUUACUUUCUGCCGCCCAUGAUGUCAUUUCUGCUACAAAACCUCAUACUGGAUGACCAAGGAGGAUAUCUAAACACAGAUAACAUUCUAAACAGAGAACUACAUAGAAGUCUACAUAUUACUGCUUCAUAGCUCAAAGAAAUGCAUCCUGAAUCCUUGCUGCCAGGAAAACCCAACUCAUGCCUUAUAUGAAGAAGGAAUGUUUGCAGUUUGUCAAGAAUUAUGUGCACUGUGACCAGGAGGCCUGGUCACAGACCGGGCCGCAGGGGCGUUGACCCCCGGAACUCUCUCCAGGUAAACUCCAGGUAAACUGGAGUGUUGACCAAAAAAAAACUCGUGUCAAAUGAAUCCACAUUUCAGUUCAUUUGAGGUCAAUGCAGGGUGAGGUGCCUCUCCUUCAUCAGCAGGUACGACCCUGCAUACGCAGUGAACACCAUAAAGUACCCACAAUUUGUCAUGGUUUGGGAUUGCUUUUAUCAUUUACUUGGUCAUGGGGGUUUGUACCUGCUUCUCUAAAAUGUUACAAUGAAUGCCACCUGCUACAUCACCGUUCUCAAGGACCACCUGCUGAAUAUUUUUGAAAUUCAUGUCAUGAUACUGUCCCCAGCCACAAGGCCAAAGAAAGUAACCCUGUGGUUUGCUGAGAAAAAAUAUUGAAGUUUUACAGUGGCCAGGGAAUAGUCCAGACCUGAAUCCUAUUGAGAAUGCCUGGAAUAUGAUGAAGAUGGAAUCCUGCCACAUUUCAUCCAUGUUAUGCCUGCAGCAGUUGAUCAAGGACAUUUGAGUCAACCAGUUAUUCAAUGAUUACUUCAGGAAUCUGAGUGAAAGCAUGCCCAAACAAUUUGAAAUGGUCAUCAAGGAUAAGGGGCACACAACAACAUAUUAAUGUAAGCACCAAGUUUUACAGUUCUUGUUUAAUAAGGUUUAUGUUAUUAUUUUUUAACAAUUUUCAUAAUAAUAUGGGGGAGGUACUGAUUAUUUUUGCAGGAACUGUAUAUAUGAAGAAGGAAAAAAUCCUAAAAUACAGUGAAAAAUGCCUGUAACUGGUUUUGUAGAUGAAUAAAGGUCAUUUUGUCA